GAUCAAAAUUCCACAAUAUCAUUUAAAAAGUUGUAAUGGAAAGGCUUCGUAAUGGAAAUUCGGUAACCAUUAUCAUCAACUGUUCAGGGUUUGAGGAGGAACUUGAAGUUUGUUGAAAGUUGCAACAUGUUUUAAUUUAUGUUUUCUCACGAACAGGUGAAAAAUCUAAAGCAGAUAAAGGUAAAUAUAUUUUGAUGCAACCUAAUAGAUAGUAUUUUCAAAAAAUAAAAAUUCCUAUGUUUUAUUUUGAUAUUGAUUGUUGUCAUUUUUGCUGAGACUCAACUCAGCUGUCAGUGGUCAGUGGUGUCAGUGACUGAGUGUCAGCAGUAGUAAAAUUAUUAAUGCCCAGGCCCAGUAGUAGGCGUAGGCCAGUACUUAGUGUACCUAUUACUAGUAGUAGUAGUAGUAAGUGGGCAUGUAUUAUUGUCAUUAUUCAUUAUUGAUUUCAUUGAAUGAUUGAAAUAGAUUUAAUGAAUCAUUCAAUUUCAAUGAUUCAUUUAAAAAAAUUAAUUGAAUUAAUAUUGAAUCAAGGAUCAACCAUCCUUUUUGGGUGAAUCAUGUUGAGUCAUUGCAUUAUCAAUCAAUAUAUUUGAUUGAUAAUGAAAUGAUAUUUGAUUCACCCAAAUAUUAGGCACUUCAGUAUCACCAGGCGAAAACCGGGUGUCGUGAUCUCAUUUUCAACAGGGCGACCUCCACUUUUUAAUUUACAGCAAGUGUCUUGUUUUGGAUUUUUUGCUGAUUUAAACUGAUUAUAGACAAAUAUGCACAUUCUAUUUCAGCUUUUUUCUUAGAGUAGAGAUAUUGUUUUAUCAUUGGACACUUUUGUUCUAAAAAGAAUUUGAGGUCUCAACUUUGAAAAUUGAAGGUAAAAUAAUGCUAACUUUACUCAUUCAUAUUUUUUCAAUGGAACAUGUUUGUCAGGGCAACCAAAAUGGCGGCCAUUUAAAAAAAGCAACAAAGGAAGUGCAAACACACAUCUUCUAAAAAUGGGGAGGGGAAAGAAAAAGAAUGUGCUGUUUUAGCAAGGCUACUUUUACUUACUGGCAGAAAUGAAAAUAGCAACAAAAUGUUUAAAUUUAAUGAAAUAAUUUCUUGGUAAACAUUAUAACUUUAUUGUAUCCCUCUAGACAUGCUGCAAGAAGUGUCAAUGACCUACAGUCGCUCCUUUUACUGGUGUAAUUUCAGCCGAUACAUUAAUUUCAUGGUGAACACAGCAACUUUAGUGUAUCCCUCUAGAUAUGCGGCAAGAAGUGUCAAUGACCUGUUGUUGCUCCCUUCCUUGAACUAAAACAUGUUUGCACACUGGUAAUAAAAGUUAAAAAUGGAGAGAAACAAUACAAAAUUUUUUUUAAAUAAUGAAAACCCAACUGACAUUUUCAUAGAAUACCGGUACACUUUUACACACUUGAUUGCAAGUACCACCAAAAAUAAAAUCCAAAAGUUGUCAGUAAAAUCAAUACAAUACCCAUUUUACAAAAUGACGGAAAAUUUAAAUAUUAUAAUUAACCGUCCAAGGAAAUUAUAAUUUCAAAAUUCCCUUGGCAUAUUAAUAUUUCAAAAAAGAAAAGUUAACUCUAUUAACAAUCCAAGAAUAAGCACAACGGAGAGUACCCUACAGAAAAACUCAAAAUGGCGCAGAUUGCAUAAAUUGACCGCCAACCCUUUUUUAAUUAGUAUUUAAAUAAUUUAAUCCACUUUUCUCAACAGCUGACAUAAGUCUGAAGAGAUGUAAUCGCUAAAGUAAAGAGGAAAAAAAAAUUAUAUUAAGGCAGUCUGCUAAAAAAUGCUUUCAUCUUGUUUACAAAAUGGGGUUAGCAGACCUGUUUACGUUUACAAUUUUGGCGUACAAUGUACAAUUUUAGAGGUGUAUGCAUUAUUUGUACUGUAUGUUUAUUUUUUGCUAUAAAUACAAGGUAUUGAAUGAUUGUGUGAUGAUAUUGUACAAUUUUAAGAGUUUGAGGGUAAACAGGUCUGGGAUAGUUUGCAAGGGCUUUAUUUUGUAAAAAAAUAAUGUAUGUUUUACAAUUGACUUAAUGCUCUCCUCAGAACUGCAAUCAAUAGCGGACAUGGAAUGAACCUUUUCACAAUGACCCAUAAUAUUAAGUUUUCCUUGCUACAUACAGAAGUGCAGCACAGAUUGACAGAUAUGCUAAACAAGCAGUUAGACCCCAUGUUCUUAUGGCUUUAUGGUUUAACCAAUAUUUGCAUGUUGAAAUCAUUGCUAAAUUAUAUCUUUUCUUCAUGUUCUACAUUGAUUGAAACGUCUUGACUUUUAAAUAAUAAUUGCAGGUAGCUAGCUACUUAUUUAUUUAUAUUGUCCAAAAAUUAUUUUUUUGAAUUAAAAUUAUUUCCAGAAAUGAUUCACCGCUUGUCUGAAGAAGUCAGGGGAGCACUAAGGACGGGUGUUGCCCUUACCAGUUUUGCUCAAGCAGUUGAAGAAUUAGUUCUAAACUCGAUUGAUGCUGGAGCAACCAGUGUGGCAGCUCGAGUUGAUCUCCAGUCUUUCAAGAUUCAGAUUGUAGAUAAUGGAGCAGGAAUUACUCAAGAACAGUUUCCUCUUAUUGGUGAAAGGUUUGAAAAUAUUAAUUAUUAUCACUUUGCUUUGACUGUUUGUAUUUACUGCAGAUAUUCAGGACUUAACAGAUACACGGGAGCUUAACUGCAUUUUGCAAUAAUGCAUUAUUUUAUAGGUUAUACUAAAAAUUUUGGUAACAUGAUAACAAUUUUACAAAAAUCAUAAAGUUCUCUUUAAUGACAUAACCAAUCAGUUUGCUUUAAAAAAAAAGUAAAUCAUUAAAGUAAAAAAUUUCAGUUAUUCAACUUAAAUAUUGUUUUGCAGCAUUACUUAUUUGGGGUUUAUAAAGAGGGUUUAUUUUGUUUUUACAGUGUUUGUUUUAUUUAAAAUGAAAUAUAAGAACAAGGUAUGCUAAACUUGAAUUAAAUAGACAGGACAAAAGAAAUCUUUUGUCCUAUUAAUUCAAGUUUAGCAUACCUUGUUCUGAUAUUUCAUUUACACAACUUGCAUGCAGAAAAUCAAUUAUUAUCUUGUAUUCUUUUAUUUAGCAUUGUUUGCAGUUCAAUUAAAGGGAAAUUAAUUUUUAAAAAGCCAAACAUGUUAAGGUUUCCUUUUUAUCGAAAAAUAUAUGAGAGUGGAGGAAAAAAAAAGUAUUUAAAAACAAAAAAGGUGUAUUUUAUGAGUUAAAAUUCACUCAAGGGAUCCAUCAGUUUUUGUAUUUUUAUUUGUGAUUUAAAAAAAACUACAUGGAAAACUAACAUGAUUUUUAAUUUUUUUCAUCAGAUAUGCCACGAGUAAAUGUAACAGUUUAAAGGAUUUGGACAACCUUAAAUACUUUGGCUAUAGGGGAGAAGCACUGGCUAGUUUGAGAUCAGCAGUCACAUUUUUGGAAAUAAUUUCAAGACCUCGAUCUUCUGGAAUAACUUAUUGCAAAUGUUUUCACAAUGGCAAGCCUUCAGACAUUAUGGAAUCUUCAGUACCUCGUCCUUCAGCUGGCACCACGGUCACAGCCCAUAAUUUAUUCUAUAAUUUACCUGUUCGACAAAAACACCUCAAUGAAGGGCUCGAGAUGGAAAGGAUACGGUUUCAUGUUGCAGCCACAGCCCUUAUGUGGCCCCAUAUAAGCUUCAGUUUACGGGAUGAUUCAGUUGGUCACGUUAUUCUUCAGACAUGUAAAUCCAACAGCGUUCCUAUGUCUUUAUCUACAAUAUUCCCAGCAGCCAAAUCUCGGAACUUAAAAGAGCUGUCCAUCAGUGCGGGGGAGUUUAAAAUAUAUGGCGUUGUCUGCACAGACAGUUACAGCCGCAAAGAUUUACAAUUUGUUUUUGUCAACAAGAGACUGGUCUUGAAGUCAAGCAUUCACCAUCAAAUGAACAAAAUUCUUGGUCGGUCGCUUAUUUUGAGGAAGAAAUGUAUCUCCUGGGAGGAGAAAAUAAGCUCCGGGUUUGUGAAUUCUAGCAGCCCUGUGAAGCAAGCGGAUAGAUAUGGAAUUUUCGUCAUCAAUGUAGAGUGUCCCUACAGUGCAUACGAUAUUACAUUUGAACCAAGGAAAACUCUAGUCGAAUUUAAGAACUGGCCAAGACUAAUUCACCUAAUCCAAGAUUUGGUCUAUGGGUUCUUGAGGAAGGAAAAUUUG